AUAAGUUAGUUAUUAACCACAUCCUAGUCACGAGGAAAAGGAGGAAAAAGAAAGAACAUGAGAUAUUGAGAUGAACAACGGACGCGUGGAAGUUUUGGAUGGCGUGAAUGGCGGACGUCUAUUCAACUCCGUUGAAGCUUUCCUGUUUGAUUGCGAUGGCGUCAUCUGGAAGGGAGACAAGCUCAUCGAUGGCGUUUCUGAGACGCUACAUUUCCUCAGGUCUCAGGGAAAGACGCUAGUGUUUGUCACCAACAAUUCCUCGAAAUCAAGAAGGCAAUACGCCGCCAAGUUCCUCUCUUUGGGCAUUUCUGUCUCAGAGGAUGAGAUAUUCAGCUCUUCAUUCGCAGCUGCAAUGUACUUGAAAUCCAUUGAGUUAUCCACUGAUAAAAAGGUGUAUGUUGUUGGUGGAGAAGGCAUCGUGGAGGAGUUACACCUUGCUGGCUUUACAUCCCUUGGUGGUCCUGAAGAUGCCAAACGAAUGAUAGAAAUCAAAGACAAUCCCUAUGUUGAGCAUGACAAGGAUGUAGCUGCUGUUGUGGUUGGAUUUGAUCCCUAUAUUAACUUUUACAAGCUCCAGUAUGCAACACUUUGCAUUCGUGAAAAUCCAGGAUGCCUAUUUAUUGCUACCAAUCGGGAUGCUGUGGGAAAUAUGACUGACUUGCAAGAAUGGCCAGGUGCUGGAUGUAUGGUUGCUGCUGUGUGUGGCUCCACUCAGAAAGAGCCCAUUGUGGUUGGAAAGCCUUCUACAUUUAUGAUGGACUUUUUGUUAAAGAAAUUCAAUAUCGACACCUCUAAAAUGUGCAUGGUGGGUGACAGAUUAGAUACUGAUAUUCUAUUUGGACAGAGUGCUGGCUGCAAAACACUCCUUGUUCUCUCUGGUGUGACGACACUGUCUACUCUUAAGGACCCAGCAAACAACAUCCUGCCAGAUUUCUACACAGACAAGGUUUCUGACAUGCUACAACUAUUGGCACCUUAGUAAUGUUAUUUUCCAGUGGGACUGCUCCUCCCAACUCAGGAAGCCAUUUUCUUCUAUAUUAUCAUGUCAAUUCAUGUCCCAGUUGAUAGUGAAACACUAUUGAACUAGGUUUUACCCUUAUGUGCGGUAAGCCACAAUAUCGUUUAGUCUGAAAGCAUGUACUUGUUUCUGUUAUUUUUUAAACUUCCAGCUUUACCUGUUCUGGUCUUCCUUGAUAAUUGAAACAUAAAUUGGUGAAA